UAUGUAAUAUUGAUCACGUGACCAUCCUAUUAUUUACUGGCACUCGGCCAUCUUAGCUUGGUAUCUGGUGGAAGGUGUGUGGAAAAUUGGAAUCACACAAUAAAACAGACUGUAAUUAUUCACUUCCACAUUUUAACGCGAAUCUUUUCAUCAUGGGGAGCUGCCAUACAGUUGGCCCGAAUGAAGCACUUGUUGUUUCAGGUGGAUGUUGUGGAGCAUCAGAGAAGAAGUAUGUGAUGGGAGGCUGGGCCUGGGCUUGGUGCCUUGUUACAGAUGUACAGAGAUUGUCAUUAGAAGUGAUGACCUUGAAUCCUCGCUGUGAGAGUGUAGAGACGUCUAAAGGUGUGCCGUUGACAGUGACCGGUGUGGCACAGGUCAAGGUCAUGACGGAAGAAGGUCUACUGGCCCAGGCUUGUGAACAGUUCAUCGGUAGGAGUAUCUCUGAGAUUGAGACCGUGGUCCUGCAGACAUUAGAAGGUCAUCUUCGUGCAAUUCUUGGUACUCUGACGGUAGAAGAGAUCUAUCGGGACAGGGAUCAAUUCGCCCAGCUGGUCAGGGAGGUAGCAUCACCGGACGUCGGUCGUAUGGGUCUAGAGAUUGUCAGUUUCACCAUCAAGGAUGUCUUUGAUAAUGUGGAGUACCUGGACUCUUUGGGUAAGACGCAGACCGCUGCGGUCAAGAGGGAUGCUGAUAUCGGUGUGGCCGAGGCAGAGAGAGAUGCCGGUAUCAGGGAAGCAGAAUGUGAGAAGUCGAUGAUGGAUAUCAAGUUUGAUGCAGAUACCAAGGUUGCUGAUUCACAACGUCAGUAUGAAAUGCUCAAGGCUGGCUAUGAAGCAGAGGUCAAUACAAAGAAAGCUCAAUCAGAGUUGGCCUACUCUCUCCAAGGAGCCAAGGAAAAGCAGAAGAUCAGGAGUGAGGAGGUUCAGAUCGAGGUCGUUGAACGUCGCAAGCAGAUCGACGUUGAGGCCAAGGAGAUCGAGAGGAAAGAGAGGGAACUGAUUUCCACCAUCAAGAGGCCUGCUGAGGCCGAGUCAUACAAAGUUGAGACGCUUGCCGAUGGUCAGAGGAUGAAGACGGUGCUAGCUGCCAAGGGCGAGGCCGAGAAGAUCAGGAACGUCGGAGGAGCUGAAGCUUCGGCCAUCGAAGCCAUCGGCAAGGCCGAGGCAGAGAUGAUGAGGAUGAAGGCUGCAGCCUACAAGCAGUAUGGAGACGCUGCCAUGAUGAGCUUGGUGCUUGAGGCCCUGCCUAAGCUUGCAGCUGAGAUCUCUGCACCACUGUCCAAGACCAGCGAGAUCGUUCUGUUGGGCGAUGACCGUACGACUGGAGAGCUGACCAGGCUCCUAGGUUCCCUUCCCCCUGCAGUCCAGGCUCUCACAGGCACAGAUAUCUCAAAGGCACUGGCUUCAAUCCCAGGAGCACGGUAAAGAUGACAAUCGAGAUCAAGUGUGGCAGCAGCAGCAACAACAAUGAGUGGACGGUAGACACAUUAGGAGCUCUAGCAAUCAUCUAAACCAUAGCUCACUGAGAGACAUAGUUGUGACACGCAUACAUGUGCGUGCCGAUGAAAGGUCAACAUUUAGAGCUCCGAAUAGUUCCCUCCCGGACAUGUACAAACCUACUCCUACCUUAUCAAACACGAUAGGUCUGUAUUGGAACCAUGGCAUCUAAUCUAUUGUUUCUGUGAUAUACAGUUAUAAUGUAUUAGUGAUUUUUCUAGUACAAAAUGGAUUGAAACAUGGAAUUUUCUGAAAAAGAAAAAAUAAGGAGGUGAAAUUUUUCACCCCAAAAAAUGUACAUGUGCAAGGUCAUGGAUGAUGCUGUGGAGACUCAAAAAAAUAACUGACCAAUCAGGACCAACUUCCGGUGACACAACUAUAUCUCUCAACCAGCUAUGAUCUACUCCACUCACAGCCCUUAAAUUUCAGGUGGUUUCUAAUUCUGUAUAUAACAUAUUUUAUCCAUUUCACAUGUAUUUGUACUCUUAUUCCCCUGUUUUACAUAAUAUUGAGAAACAGUCUCUUGUGAUGCAUGUAGGAUGUUCCUUUUUUUUUAAUGGUCUGCUGCUACUAUUUUUGUACAUUUUUAUUAUAGUUCAAUGUACUUUGAGAUGUAAUAUUUUCUGUGGAUAACUGGUAUGGCAUCUUCCUUGAACUUGCAUGUGUUCAGUAUGCCUUUGUGCAGUCGAAAGAACAAAAAUUAUAUCGUCAGCAUUAUUGAUUGAUGUAGUGGAAUUUUUUUGAUAGGUAAUAUCAAGAGUUAUGAUUUCUGAUCACCGUAUCCUCAUAAAGCUGCCCGAUGUGAUAUACAUGUAGGCUAGGAGUCUUUCCUGUCGUUCACUAUUUUAUCAGCUGGAAGUGGGAUUUUGUCAUACUUCAUAUCAAAUGGAGUACCUCGUAUUUAUGAUAUAAGAUGAUAUGAAAGUUUUCACACUGAAAUUGUUUUUUUUCUCUUUCAUUCAGUAAAAACGUGAAAAUAUGCAAAUGAAAUAGAAUUCCAAUUAGAUGUAUUCAGACAAACCUGUUCUUUCUGAAUUUUAAGCACAAAGAUCUUGACAAACCCUAAAUUCUAUGAUAGGGGUGAUGCACAAAAUUCAAAUUUCAUGUCUACCAAAGCAAGCAAAGAGGUAAAUUUGAGAUAGACGAAGAUGUGGACCAAGUUACGGAUUGGCUCGUAAAAGUUGCAAUGAUGUUCCGUAGAAUUGUAUUUCUUUCCAGUGAUCGGUUGAGGAGCUUGCCAAAGAAUUUAAACUUUAUCUGUCCAUGUUCUUUAUUUCCCAACUUGCUAAUAUUUCGAGGUACCUAUCUUUAAUACCUUGAAGGGUUUUUUAUGUCAAUAAUUGACCAUCUUUUUUUUUAUGUGAGGCUAAGCACCUUUCUUUUGAAGUUGGCUCUCCGUUAAAGAUAAUGUGGUUAUGAUUUUGAUUUUGUCGCUCUUUGAGAGAAAGAGGGAAUAUACCAACUGUAAAUGAUUGGUGUCUAAAAAAAAGUAAAGUGACAGGGUAUCAUUUAGUUCAGUUUAGUUUUCAAUAGAAGUUCAUUUAGAUUGCCAAAAAUAGAAACACUCUCUUUAUUUUCUUAUUUUAUUCACCUCAUAGCAAUGUAAAUGUAUUUUGUCAGAGGUUUAUGGCAAGCAAGUGAAAUGGCUUUUUGCCUAUUUUUUCUAAAGGGCAUACUUAUCAAUCUAGACUAAGAACUUAUGCGUAUAAGCAGGAUACUAGUCACCUGUCAGUGGUACAAAAUAGAGUGCACUGUUUAAGGACAACCCAUUUCUAAAUUACCCUACCGGUAUUCAAAAUUUCAAUUGACCUUUACCACGAUCAGUACAUGUAUUAGACCAUUAUGAUAUUUCCAAGUCCAUGAAGGUAUUAAUUAUAUGCUAAACUAUAUGAGUGAAGUCCCAUCUGGCUCCCAAUAGAGAAUGUUCUGAUGUGUCCCCUCAUUUGAUCAAGAUUUCAUCAUUAAUUUCAAUUUGUUUUUGUUUUGGACGUAUAUUCACUGUUCAUGUGUUAGUAUUGUGAGAAAUUUAGUGGCUAUGUGAACUCUUUUCUUACUCUAGUCUAGUGUAUAUUUUUAUGUCAGAAACGUGUCUCUCAUGUUCAAAUCUUUAUAAGAAGAUCAAUUCCUGAUGGACAGAUGUCACGUCGUAUAUUUGUGUACAGGAUGUCUGUCUCUAUCCGAAGAUUAUCAUGGGUUUGUGGAAAAUAGCCAAUAAUUUGUAUCAAGUCGAGAAAUACCACUCAAUUUAUAUUACUUUGGAAUAAAAACCAAACCAAUUUCGAUCUGUGUGCUUAAUGAGGUGUUGCUAAAUUCGGUUUAGUAUUGAUCUCUCUUGAAAUUUGUUGUUCUUGUAAUUUCUUAUUUAUUUGAUAUUCUGAUUGUGAUGUAGAUUAAUUUUAUGAAAUAGACCAUAUCAUGUGAUGUUUUCUUUACUACUCUCUUUAAUAAGCAUACCUCUCAUUUCAAUGUUUAUUUUAUAUUAACCUAUGCAUUUUAAGUAGUCCAAAAUCGUUUAUACUUUGAGGAGGCUGUUACAUAUACGAUGUGUACCUUUUGUGCAGAUUUUGGUUAGUGGGGUGUAGUUAAAUUGUAUUUCAGAUGAAUGUAUCGAUACAUAUUUACUCCACACAUCAAUAUUGAUGACAAGAGUGUUUAAUUUAGUGACAUGCAUAUUUUAUUGACAUACACAUACACGUUGAGACUUGUCUAAUGGGUAAAUCAGACAAUUUGGCCUCUGUUUUUUCUUUGCCUUAUUUUUAAACCUUCUGAGACCGAAAAGCCCCGAAGCUAUUGACUUUGUACUCGGUAUCUGUGUUUCUGAGACUCGAGGGGUUAAUGACCAAUCAGAGAUCUUCAAACAUGGAAUACGAUCCCUCUAGUGCUCAUGAAAAGCUAUGGUUCGAAGGGAAACAUUUCAAUUCAGAAAGGACGUCUUUCAUACCACUUUUAAUACUUAUACUGUAUUUUUAUGGAUCAAAUGUAGCCCUCGUUUUCUCUGCAAAGGAACUAGCAUCAUGAUCAUGCAUUUAUGAUCAUCAUUGUGUAUAUUGUACAUACAGUAUAUAUGUAUGUUCUAGAUGUAUUUGGUGUGUAAUGUGUCAUGAAUAUAUGAAGCCAGUACAUGUAUUGAUCCAAAAAUAGAUCUAGAGAUGUUUGUAGGAAGCCUUUACGAUGCGGCUGUGUAGUUUUAGAUGUAGAUGACAUAGAAUUUUCUUACAUCAUUUUUUAAAUAGAUUGUAAUACAUGUAGUUGAUGUAUUUGUAUUAACCAUCGAUGUAAGCUUCAAUUGUUUUUUUUAUGGAUCAAAUUUUAAUAUGAAAUUUCCACACAAGUUGAUGAUGCUUGUACCCUUUGGUAAGGCAUUGAUUCACAAUUACCUAGUCUCUAGUAUAAGACCCAAAGCUGUAGUUCACAUGAGUUUCUUAGGCUUAUCUGCUAGCCCUUGCUCUCUUAGCUGUGAGCUGAAAUAUUUACAUGAUAAUCAUUGUCAUCAGUAAGUACUCCUAGCAUUGAUCUAGAAAUGGCACUUUUUCUUCUUUUUAUACAGUAUGUUUAAUCUUCAAAGGGCUCUGCAGUGUACACCAAAAAUCUGUAUGUAGAUUAUCAAUUGUGUAUGCAGUGAUAUUAAACAUCGGGCUUACACCCUACUUUUUUUCAGAGAAGUGUAGCGUAUUAACGUGCAGAGGGUGUGACGCAAGUAGAGUUUGAAAUCUUUACAUCCCGCCCUUCCAAAUGCAGUUGUAAGUCGUGGAAGCGAGCAGUAAGUCUCGACUCUGGACGUGGACAUUUGCUGUGUGCCAAUUUUGAAACACAAUACUUUCUCCUCUCAAUCUUUAGCUUACCAAGGUUAGAAUGGCCCAAAGGCCACAUGUCCUUGCUUUCCAGUGAAAACCAAAACAAAUUAAAAAACGAAAGGUGUGCUAUGCCUCAGUCAAUUCAGGUACAGUUUAUUCUAUCAAUCAUGCCCAGAGCCUUGGAUGUUUACAGCAGAUAAUUUACAUUUAUAGCAUAGCUUAGAAUUGAAAUUUUAUUCCAUGAUCCAGUGAUUGUGAAAGCUGUAAUUAUGAUUAUCCCAUAGAUGUUAUUAUAAUGUAAAUUCCAUGUACAUGUAUCUUUUGUGUAUUUGUAUAUUCUCAUGUUUCAUAUUUUGCGCCGACGUGUAUUAAUUAAAGGUGCAUCCGGUUGAAGAAAAAUGUAA